AUGCAGGCAGCCGCUUUGUGGAGAUCAAAGCAGAAAAACAGUGGACUUCCGGCCUAUGAUAUCAAGCACUACUUCCAUGAAGCUUACACUGUGUCGAAAAUGGAAGAUACCUUUGACUCCACUGCUAUCGGUCUUCCUCUGUACGAGGAACUGGAGCAGACAAACGAAGUCAACCCCCCACCGUUACAUCGCCAAGCUGGACAAUCACGCAAGCGUUCGAAAAGAAGGCAGAGACUUUGCAACUGGUAA